AUGAUGGAGAGGAUAAGAAAAGAGAUGAUCUUGAUGGAGAGAGGGCUGCACAGUCCCGUGGCAGGGAAGAGGCUGACGGACACGCCGGGGAACUCGGUGCUCGAGGCCCUGGAAAACUCGCAGCACAGCGGACGUCUGAGCCCCAGGAUCACCUCUGCCUCUCUCCAUGGAAAUCUGGGGGAUAUCCCGAGCAAAGGCAAGUUUGAAAUAGACAGUCUCUUCGGCUCACACCAUAGCAACGACAACGGCUCAGCGGACAUCUCAUCGUCGGAAAACAGGAAGAAGAUGAGUCUUUAUUCUGAAGUUUCCCAGGAGUCUGAUAUUAACAGCGAUGUCGAAGUGGGAUGCCCGGCGCACCGAUCUCCAAGCCAGCACAAGGAGAACAAAGGCUUCUCGGACAGUAACUCGGCGUCCUCCAACACCAGCUCCAGCUCACUGUCCAACAUGAACGGCAGCUCCGCAGGCAACAGCUCCAACUCUGACCAGGUCCGGAGGUACCGUACCGCCUUUACACGAGAACAGAUUGGCCGCUUGGAGAAGGAGUUCUAUCGGGAAAACUACGUAUCCAGGCCGCGGAGGUGUGAGCUGGCCGCGGCGCUCAAUUUGCCAGAAACUACAAUCAAGGUUUGGUUUCAAAACCGAAGAAUGAAGGACAAGAGGCAGCGUUUGGCUAUGUCUUGGCCGCAUCCCGCAGACCCCAGCUUCUACACCUACAUGAUGACGCACGCGGCUGCUACCGGAAGUUUACCUUACCCAUUCCACUCACACAUGCCACUCCACUACUAUCCACACGUUGGGGUCACGGCUGCCGCAGCGGCUGCAGCGGCCACUGGUGCCGCCUCAUCACCUUUUGCCACUUCAAUACGGCCCCUCGACACCUUCCGCGCGCUCUCACAUCCAUACUCACGGCCGGAGCUCUUGUGCAGCUUCAGACACCCGGGACUGUAUCAGUCACCCGCAGGCCUCAACAGCUCUGCCGCAGCAUCAGCAGCUGCCGCAGCAGCGGCGGCGGCGGCAGCGGUGAGUGCACCUUCAGCCAGUGGGCCGUGUUCGUGUCUGAGCUGCCACAGCAGUCAGGCUGCUAGUGCCAUAGGCUCGAGGAGCACGAGUGCUGACUUUACCUGCACAGCAUCCACGCAGCGCUCCGAAAGCAGUUUUUUGCCGUAUUCUGCCGCUGUCCUCAGCAAGACCUCAGUCCCAUCCCCAGACCAGCGAGAAGAAUCGUCGCUCAACAGAUAACUGCAUAAAGCCAGGCGCUGCAACUUGAGUGGAAAAAACUUGUGUAAGGUCAGGCCACAGCCAUUGGAGCAUUUUGUAACGCCACUGUAAAACCAACAGAACAUUUUCAAUGUCCAUCUCCUAAAGACCGUUUAACAUCCCCAUGUGGAAAUUACGCAAAACUUUGCAUCCAGUUUAAACCUUUCUUAAAAACAAACAAAAACCUUGGCAUCUCCUGCUCGAUGCGUCCUCCCAACAACUGUUUGAAUUUCACAGUAGUUAUAUGAGGGAGCAUAGGAUAGAUAUCGGACUCAAUGUGUAACUUUCUCUACAUCCAAAUAUGUUAGGCCUAUGCUGCGUCGGGUGUAAAUCCAUGUCAACAUAGCCCACGGUAGAGUUCAUAACUCAAUCACACAAACCUAGGCUACAAUUUUGGCUAUGUGAAAGUCAACCUGCUGAGCAUUAUUAGCUUGGUGUUAUAGGGCAGCAGAGCGCUCGCUAAUUUAGGCGUCUAGCAAGCAGAAGGUGCUACUUGGCCAUCUUUCUUCACUAGACCUAAUAGACUGAGAUUUUGGCAGCAAUAGCAUCUUCCUACACCCAGCCUGUGCUCUAUGGGGACAACCCUAAUCAGCUACCAGGUGCAUAUCAUUUUGCACCGCGUCUUUCAUGUCAAUUUUUAUGUUAAUAAUGAGAGGAUCAUGACAAAAAUUGCCAAUCAUAUACCUAGAUGGAGCUCCUUUGAAUACAUGGCUAUAGUGGAGCCGGUCGUUGGGAGAGCCGCUGUCAUGUGCUAACAACCCGCGGAGGGAAGUCAUUAGACAUACAAAAGAGGUGGAACAAAGCGAAGCGACAGACAGAAAGCACUGUAGGCCUAUGAGGCUGAAGAAGGCUUCCAAAUUAAACGCCAACCUUCUAAGAGCGCACACAAACGCGUUGGUUAAUAAUAGAAAAUACCAAGACACUGGUUGCCACUGUUCAAUUUACAUGUCCGGAGCUCGUUAGUGAAGUCCAGUGUUGGAAUAUUCCUGUAGGAGCAGACUAUUGACUGGAAGUAAGCGAGGCGCAAGGGUUCACUCGGUAGCCCGACUUUAACCUCUAUCAGCGCCUCUAGAAAUGGCUGCCUAUAAUUUUCCGUUCCUGUUGGGACAUUCACCGAUAUGUUGAUUUUAAAACAUGUGAAAUAUAAUGCGCGAAAUAUUUUGCUACUGAUCGUCCUCCAGAUCCACGACUGUGGUUAUAGGCUAGGUUAUUCUUUUGGCGCGUAUUCUGUUUGAAUAGGCUAUUUUGCCUUUAAUUUAUUUUCUGUGACUUGCUGAAUGUUUUAUUGUUAAACACUGGAUGAACCAUAGCCUAUACUACAAAUUGAAGUCGCCAAAAAUAGUCCUGACCUACACAAAACCUAAACAAAAUUCAAAUGGCUUUAAGGGCUGAAAUGAAGCACUGAAAAACAUUCAAUUCCCAUUGGCCU